AUGGCAAUUGCACUUCCCAAGAUAGUUUUCUCCCUCACGGGACACGGCUACGGUGGUGAAUUCCCACCCAAAAAACCAUCUCCAACUCCCCUCCUUCGCCGGAAAAACCGAUUCCAAGGGGUGAAAACAGUACAAAUCACCAGUGUUCUGUCUAAGACAAAUGAGUCCAUGGCGUCAACCAUCACCGACCUCGACAGAGAAGAACAAGAAGCCGAAGAACAGAAGAUGAGGAGAACAGGAACUGAGAGUAAUGAGAGAAGACUAGCAGAUUGUUGGCGUGAGAUCCAAGGUCAAGACGACUGGAUUGGAAUGCUUGACCCAAUCGAUCCUCUCUUACGUUCCGAACUGAUACGAUACGGCGAGAUGGCUCAAGCCUGUUACGAUGCUUUCGAUUUCGAUCCAUUCUCCAAGUACUGCGGCACUUGCAGAUUCAUUCGUCGCAGGUUCUUCGAUAGCCUUGGCUUGCCGAAUUUAGGUUACGAAGUGACUCGUUACCUCUACGCAACUUCAAAUAUUAAUCUCCCAAAUUUCUUCAAGAAAUCACGGUGGCCUAAGGUCUGGUCUCGUAACGCUAAUUGGAUAGGUUACGUUGCCGUGUCGGACGACGAAACUUCGGCACGGUUAGGUCGUCGUGACAUUACCAUCGCCUGGAGAGGAACGGUGACACGGCUGGAAUGGAUUGUCGAUCUGAUGGAUUUCCUCAGGCCAAUCUCAUCAGAUAAGAUCAUACCUUGUCCUGAUCCAACGGUUAAAGCUGAAUCAGGUUUCCUCAAUCUCUACACCGACAAGGACGAGAACUGCCGGUUCUGUAAAUACUCGGCCAGAGAACAGAUCUUGACGGAGAUCAGGAAAUUGAUACAACAGUACUCGAACGAAGAUCUGAGCAUCACGAUUACGGGGCACAGUUUGGGUUCUGCACUGGCGAUACUGAGUGCGUAUGACAUUGUUGAAACGGGUCAGCAUUUGACCCAAGACGGUCGAGCCGUACCGGUUUGUGUAUUCUCAUUUUCUGGGCCCAGGGUCGGAAAUGUACGGUUCAAAGAACGGUUGGAAGGAUUAGGUGUGAAGGUGUUGAGGGUGGUGAACGUUCACGAUACUGUACCGAAGGUUCCUGGCGUGUUUUUUAAUGAACAAGUACCGAAAUUGGUCCAAAAGAUGGCGGAAGGGUUGCCGUGGUGUUAUUCGCACGUGGGAAUUGAGCUGCAGCUUGAUCACAAGAACUCUCCUUUCUUGAAAGACACUGGUGGCCCUACCAAUUUCCAUAACUUGGAGGCUCACUUGCAUUUGCUUGACGGGUACCAUGGAAAAGGAAAGAGAUUUAUGCUUUCUAGUAAAAGGGACAUUGCUCUAGUGAACAAAGCUGCUGAUUUCUUGAAAGAUCACCAUUUGGUGCCUCCCUUUUGGAGGCAAGAUGAGAACAAGGGGAUGGUGAGGAACCAUGAAGGACGGUGGGUUCAACCUGAAAGACCAAAACUCGAUGAUCAUCCAACUGAUAUGCACCAUCAUAUCAAGCAAUUGGGUCUAACUUCCGACUCAUGAUAGAAGAGUAUUGAACACAGCUAGACAUGGCUAACAUACUCCCCCUCUCUCGCCGUCUGUCUAUC